AUUAAUAAACAAAGAUGGCGGUGGCGUUUACACUUUCGUUGAACUUUACUCUGAAUUAAAAACUUUGUAGUCUUAAGUAAUUUGAGUAUUUCCUACAUGUUUCUCGUUAGUCGAGUUGCAAAAUGAGCGGUUGGGCCGGUUUUUCAGACGAGGAGCUGCGCAGGAUACAGCAAAAGGACUCUACUGUAUCUGCACCUCCAGUCCGGGGUCGAAAACCAGCUUCAGGUAACCGGAGUCGGCAGCAGUUGCAGCGAGAAAGAGCCCUGCAGUCAGCAGCCCAGAAAAACGUAGGAGCCGAGUCACUGGUUCUUUCACGCGAACAACAACUCACCAAACCGUCCCCGAGGGAAGAGCCUAAACCCACAGCCCCGGCGACAACACCCACUGUCAAACAAGAGGUGCAGCAGAAGCCCACUAUAAUGAAGCACAAUGAAAACGACCAACCGACUACAGAAGAAGAAACCCCAGUGGUUAAAGAGCUGGAUAAGCAAGAGAUUGAAUUACGGGAAAAGACGCGUCUGGAGCAACUUCAGCAAGAGCAAAAAAUCAUCGAAGAGAGGAACAAACGGAAGAAAGCUCUGCUGGCAAAAACUAUCGCUGAGAAAUCCAAACAGACUCAGGAAGAGACUGUAAAGCUAAAGAGAAUCCAGAAAGAGCUGCAAGCCCUCGAUGACAUGGUGUCUUGUGACAUUGGCAUCCUGAGAGGAAAGAUAGAGCAAGCCAGUUGGGACUACACAGCUGCAAGAAAGCGUUAUGAGAGGGCAGAAGCUGAAUACGUGAUAGCCAAGCUGGACCUUCACAAGAAAACGGAGGUGAAGGAACAGCUGACAGAGCAUCUCUGCGCCAUCAUCCAGCAAAAUGAGCUGCGCAAAGCCCACAAGCUGGAGGAACUGAUGCAGCAGCUACAGCUUCAGGCUUCUGAAGAGGAGCUGGAGAGGCAAAACGAAGAAGAGAGGAGAAACUUAGAGAUGCAGAAAGACGUGGAAAAGGAAAAUGGCUCUGUGGAGAGUCAGGAGGUAAAGGUGGAAUCAACUAAAGAUUGUGGACCUAAGGAGAAAGAGACUGUGAAGGAAGAGACUGGAGAUUCUGAGCAAGACUGUAAAACACUAGAAAACUGUCUUCAGAGUGAAUCUGUGGCUGUGUCGUGAGGCAAUCUUAAUCUGUUAUGUGCUCUAUAAAUAUCUGUUAUAUACUGAUGGGUGACAAAUUGAACAAAGAUGUUGUAUCAAGUGUCUGUAUCAAGGUGUUGACCAUCACAUGUGGGCAGAACAGCUGAUGAGAUUGUGGCGAUCACUGCCACACCUCAGUCUAAAAUCUGUCUGACUGUUGAGGCCAGAGCACACGAGUCACGUCGUUGUUAUCAUCUAGUUAAACAUGGCAUUUACAUCAAAUAACUUUGUACUGUAACUAUGACAGAAAAAUAUUCCCCACAGCAUAGUAUGCCUGUUUAAAAUCAAUACUUAUUUUUUAUUUUUAAAAUUACAACUUUACACUGACGAGACAGACUGAUCGCUAGCAAAGCAUCGUUUCCAGAUAGACAAAGGGGAGGGGGAAAAGACACAAUACAAAGUGAAAAACACUUACAACAUGAUUCUCCAGCUGAUAACUUUUCCAUGUUGGCAUCCUUGACAGCCUUGGUUAAUACAGAAGAAGCAUCGUUAUGUUUUGGGUUGUAUUUUUGUUUUAAAAAGUCACAGCUCAUAGAAAGCUGUAUGUUACUAACACGAUUGGUUAGUCUGAAAAACUCAUGUAGCGAAAGCUCGAACAUCUGGUCUGAUUUCUGGUGUUAUGUGUUUCACACAUUUUUUUAAAUUAUUUUUUGUGAGGCUGCUUCUAUUUAAUUGUUUAAACAUUGAGAACUUUACCUCCUUUUGCUAAAUAAAGAGUUUGUAGAACAUUAAUAUAUCGGGCUUGAGAAACGUGAGUACUGUAUUCCCGCUGGCUUUGAGUGAAAUAUUUAAAGCAAUAGACUGGCCAGAGUCGUGUUCAGUUGCUGGGUAAAUCGAAGGGUAUCUUGUAGCUGUUAACUUCAGGUGUGCACUUUUAUGUUUGUGUGUGCUUAAAAAGCAAAGUCCUCUUCUUCCAAACAUGGUUUUCCAUCACAUCUCUGAGCAUGGGUCGAAUUCAGAAGAUGAGUGUUUUUGAUUGUUGUGUCUUUGUGGUAAAAGUGGAAGGACUGGUUGUGUUUACUUUGCAGAAAGCCGGCGUUUCAUGCAUAUGGAGUGAGGCAUUAAUCAUUAAUCCCUUUCUGUUCCGAAUACAAACUGUCGUGACUUAUGUGUUGUAGAUGACGCUAUUUGCUGGUGCUGGGCUUGUAUUUCACAAAGCUAGAACUCUUGUCAGUUCAGCUAAGGAGCAGUGGGCUUGCACGGUAAGGUGAUAUCUGUUAAUGUAUGCUCUCAGCUGCAUGUGCUUCUGCAUACUCCAAGCUUAUCUUUUCUCUUAGCGUACAUUUUUGACAGCGUGUCAGAAAAUGUAUAAGAAUCUAAUGUAAAUGUAAAUCUAUGUAAGUGAAAAUUACCAAAGUCUGAUUCAUUUGUGUGUUCAGAAAAAUACAUAAAGGCUAUUUAAAUGGGGUAAAAAAAAAUAUUUUAAAACGUCAUAUUUUAGAGAUGUACAAAAGGGUAAUAUUUUACUAAAAUAAACUUUUUUAAAUUGAAAA